UUCGUCCAUCAAGUGAAAAACAUCCAGUACUCGGCCAAAGUAUUGGUAUUGUCAACGCAGUUUUACCGAAGUAUUUUCGAAAACAAAAGUUACAGUUUCAUGUUAGAUACAACAGCGACUUGUCGUCGGUUUUGUUUCACUUCCAUCAGCUACAACAACCCUAAUAAUCCAGACAUAGUUGCGGCCAACCGAGUAAAGUUAUGUGCAGACAAGCGAGCCGUCGCGUGUUUGAUCAAUAAACAUUCCCUCCCUUUAAACCAACGAAAAGUCUUGGAUCGACCUAACAGUGUCUCAUUGUCUGGAGAAAACUGAGACUGGCCGAUAACCACUGUUCUUCUCAACGAUGUUUGUGAAAUAAACAAAUUAUGGAGAGCUCGGAUAACUUCGGAAGCGAAAGAAAAGGAAGGCGCGGGGAGUUAGACUACCGCUACGACUUCCUAUUUCACUGGGCUGCUGAAUCGUGCUCCAUAACCAAGCAAGAUGUUAUUGACAGCCUGCUGCAAGAAAUCUGGGUUAGGAAUAUUCAUGAUUUCGUCUUGAAGGAUACAAAAAGGACGGUGCUCCUUUUUUACCAAGCAUUUCAAGAUCAAAACUUGAAGAGUCGAGUCGAAAAAUCUAACAGACUCGUUGCUCCGAAUAAAACCUUGGUUGUCGUGAGUGAAGAGAGAAAAUAUCCUCUAGACGGUAUAGCUGUGUACUACUUCAAACUCAAUGUCAAGAAGAUGCUGACUGAAGACAACGUCCACAGAGAUUUGAUGGUUGGAAUGUGUGACGCCAUGGAUGAGGAAUUACUUUCGAAUUUCAUCCAGCUUCUCCAGCACGUCUAUCGCCCGGCUUUAGAGAGUUUGCUUUUCUUCGCUGAUGAAGGUCCAGAAAAGACCCGCGUCUACGAAGAGGUACUUAUGGCUAUCCAGUCGCUGUUUUCGUCACUGAAAGUUUCUGAAAAUAUUCUCAAACAUGACAAUACUCUGCUGGCCCAACGGCAAGUCGAUCUUGAUCUACCAAACGAAUCGAAGAAGAGGGCUGACUUUAUGCGCCAUCCGGAUACAGUAGCCAAGGCUGAAAAAUUAGCGACUGAUUGGCUGUCCAUGAUAGAGAGGGAAAAUUGUGAAUCGGAGAUGCUGCGCCGUGAUUGCGAUGAUGACAGUCCCCGUGACGAAAUCGAGUACUGGAAAACACGAAGCACUCGUUUAAAUUUGAUCCAACAACAGUUUAACAGUACGCAAGUGGCUUUGGUGGUCCAAUGUCUCAAUGUCAAUCGUUCGAAGUUGAUGAAACGCUGGGUCGAAGCGUUAAGGAAAUUGACGCAUUGCUGCCAUGAAGCAAACAACAACACCCUCUACUUAAGCGAUUUUGAAAAUCAUUGCAAGACGCUUUACGUUUGGGAUCCCAUUCGCCUUUUGCCGACCAUCAAUCAACUUUUAAGCACUGUCCGAUUGAUCUGCUGUGUAAGUCUUUACUACAAUACUUCGGAGCGGAUAACCUCGCUUCUAGUCAAGAUCACCAAUGAACUGAUUCGUUCGUGUCGGAGACAUAUCACGAGUCACGGACGGGAAACAGUAUGGUCACGACCGGCUUCAGUUGUCAAACCAUUGCUGCAGGAUUGUUUGAAUUUGCAUACUGCCUAUCGAAACGCAUAUGCAAACAUGAAGCAAGAUUUAGAAUCCUACCAGAAAAGUGUUCAGCAAUCACAGCAAAAUCAGCCACAAGCAAAAGAACAGUCUACGUUAACUUGCAGUGAACACUCAGUCUUUGGCAAAUUUGACGCUUUCUGCGCUCGACUUAGAAAGAUACUUCGGCUCUACGACGUCAUUGACAAGCAUGAAAGUUUGUUGAAAAGCCGCAUGGAGGGCCUGUUACAAGAAGAAGAAGUGAUGGACGAAAUUUUAAGAAGAUACCAUGCUGCAGUCAAAGAUAUUACAUCUCGACCAUACGAUUAUCUGAACCAUCGAAUGUUGGGCUUUGACCAACACAUGUCAGAAUUCGAAGCCCGACUCAAUGAUCUCAAGCUCUAUGUUGGAAGUUAUUUGGAACGUGCUUAUGAUCCUGUUUGGGAAACAGCUCAAGCCAUGCGCUUUCUUCAAAAGUUUCAGCGCAUUGGUCGAGUCAUUCCCGUUGUAGCUAUGGAGAUCAAACACAAUCGAAUUCUAAACCAAUUGCUAGCAGACAUGGAUCGACUGGGCAGAGUUCUAGUAAAAUUCGGAGAAGAGCCGCCUAUACCGAAAAACUUCUCACCAACCACUGGGAAAAUGAUGUGGUGCGCUUCUUUGCAACGUUGCCUAGAGCUAAGGCUAGAAGAGCACGCUCCUAUUCUACAUAGCGAAACUGGCCGACAAGUAUUUCGCAAGUACAAGAACUUACUGGUCACUAUUGUUCAGUUGGGAAACAAUCAUUUACGUUCUUGGACCUUACUCAGUCCAACCGAAGUGGAGAAUUGUCUGUCUCAGAAUAUUUUGACACCAAAUGUUGAAAAUCCCCAACUGUUUUCUGUCAAUUUUAAUCCAAAAAUAACUUCACUUUUCCAGGAAGUUCACUGCGCCUUUCAAGCUGGACUUAGGGUUCCAGCUUCUUCAAUAUUUAUUUUCUCCCGCAAAGGUUUACUUUUGAAGAUGAAAGAUGAGGCACAGUACUUGGUAGAAAACCACAAGUUGUUAUUGGAUUCUAUAGAUAUAGAGCUGAAACCUCUUCUUUGCUGCCAUGUCCAUCAGUUGUAUUUGACACUACGACCGGCUUCCGUGGCUCUAAGUUGGAACAUUAAGCAAUCGAAAUGGGGACGUUUCUUCAACCAAUGCCGGAAGUCGAUGGUGAAAUUCAAAUUGUUGUGUCAGCGGCUGGAAGAUAUUCGUAUAAAUCAACUGGAACGUGUUCUGGACUCCCUCCGCUACUUCACUUUGUGUCCAGAAAGCGGCAGGGAUAAAACUUGGAUGCCUGAAGAGUUCAUUGAAGCCGUCAAGGAUGCCUGCCGGAAAGCAACUUCAGAAAUCCAACAGAGAAAUUGGCUCCUAGAGAAUGGAGUUUUCGAGCUUAUCGACCUUAUUAGAGUGAAGGAUGUCAUGAAGUUUUUCGAAAUUCCUACGGAAGCCAUUGCAGCUCAAGUCGAAUUGAAAGGAAGGACAUCGUAUCCUUCUUCCGCCAAAACGCCACGACCAAAAUCGAUCGGUAGCGAACGUAAAAAAACAGAAGAAAAUCCGGAUUCAAGUCGAUUUUCUAUCAAAAGUCCCCCAGCUUAUCGGCAAAAUGGGGAACGGCCAGCUGCAAAACGAAGGCCAAGUAAUGGCGAAACUAGCCGAGGUUUACCGCCUUUGAAUCCUUUAGGGUCUACUAGCAAACCGCCUCCUGCGCCCACCAAACCAACUCAGACAAGAACAAAAUUACCAAAACUGAAUAGUAAGAAAACGAGUCAACCCAAAGAGCAAAAGUCUCAGCCGACAAGCCUGCCUCCUUUAUCAGCACGAUCAAAUUCUAGCAUAACUUCUGCAGGCCAGGAUUGCUCUUCACGAAAAAAUUCCGUCAUCUCAAACGAAGGUCGGGAGGAGCCAAACGUGGUUCUCGUCGCUGAUUACGGUUUCCUAGUUGUCCAACUAGAGAAGGCCAUAAUUGAGUGGAAAAAGCUUUACUCGAAAAGAAUCCUUCAAGUUAUCGUGACGUGGCUUCGCUCACAGAUUGAUCAGAUGCGUUACUCCGUUGUACCGCCACCCAAUCAUAAAACCACGGUUGUUCAACAGCAGCACUCGGCUCUUUUCUUGCUUCAUUCGCAGCUAAACAACACUGCAAUCGAAAUCACUCCAAGUCUAGACGACAUCCAAGACGUUAUUCAUACUGCUGGAAAAAUUAUGCUAUGCGUGGCCAAAGGGAUUAAACGUUGGCAAUACCGAUCUGCGAUUGAAUCGAGAUCGAAUUUGAUGUCUGCUGUGAGACAUAAUAUCUUUGUUUCAGUCUCCGAGAACAAGGAAGUUGUGAAAGGAUUGAAUCUUUUAUCAACCUGCUUAAUCCACGUCAAAAGUACCUGCGGAGAACAGCUGCGCCAGUGGGAGAAUCUCUGCAAGGAAAUUUGCUGCUUUAAUCGCCGAGUUGUUGUCAAGAACUUUGUCAAUAAGAAUCCAACGGUCUGGGACUGGGACCAGCAAUUGCGUCAAUUCCGGCAGCUAGAAGACGUCGUUGAAUCACAAAAGAGUCUCCUGGAAUUCGGGCCGAUUCACGUUUCAACCACAAAAAUGCAGGCAACCUUGUUGCAGGAAAUUCAAGAAUGGAUGGAGGCCUACACCACCGUCUUGUAUCGAAGGACGUUGCGGGAUAUGGAACGGUUAAUGGUCGUAUUUGGAUUGCUGGACAGAAAGCUUGACCGUAAAAUUCGUGAUCUAGAAGACACGCGCAUAUCAAUGGAUUGCCUUCGAGAUAUUCGAAUCCAAGAAGUUGAAUUUGAAAUGGCUAUCGAAUUGGUUGAGGAAGCAAUUGGCAUCAUGAUGAAAUUCCAUGUUCCGUUAACGGAAGAAGACGUUGAACGUGUGGAUGCCGUGCGAAUCACAUGGCACCGUUUACAACAACGCUCGCUAGAUCACCAUUGUCACCUUGUGGCCAUCCAGCCUAGCUUCCGCCAAGAGCUGUUAGAUAACUUGACGCAAUUCCGUGUCGAUUGCACCCAAUUCUGUGCCGAUUAUGAAGUUGACGGCCCUAUGAUUCAAGGGCUGACUCCUCGAGAGGCUUCCGAUCGUUUGCUCCUUUUCCAAAAUCGUUUCGAUGCUUUAUGGAGACGAUUAACUUCAUACGAAGGAGGCGCCGAACUUUUUGGAUUGUUAAUGCCUGACGUACCCGAAUUGAACCGCAUCCGCAAGGAAUUGAAUUUACUACAGAAACUCUACCGUCUUUACAACGAUGUUAUCGAUCGUGUCGCCGCCUACCACGACAUUAGUUGGAAUAGCGUCAACAUUGAAGACAUCAACAACGAGCUUAUCGAGUUCCAGAAUCGUUGUCGUAAACUCCCAAAAGGCUUGAAGGAAUGGCCAGCCUUUGGCGCCCUUAAGCGAACCAUUGACGAGUUCUCUGACUUGUGUCCGCUCCUGGAAUUGAUGACCAACAAAGCCAUGAAGCCUCGACAUUGGGUACGCAUGACCGAGAUCACCGGCCAUGUCUUCCAUGUCGAAUUGGAAGGAUUCUGUUUACGCCAAGUGGUCGAAGCUCCGCUUUUGCAACACAAGGAAGACGUUGAAGAUGUAUGCAUUUCUGCACUCAAAGAAAAGGACAUCGAAGCCAAAUUGCGACAAGUAACCAAUGACUGGACAACGAAUCAACUUACUUUCACGACAUUUAAAAACCGUGGCGAGUUGCUUCUACGCGGAGACAGUGCCGCGGAACUCAUCUCGAUGUUGGAAGAUUCUUUAAUGGUCCUGAGUUCACUCUUAUCCAAUCGUUACAAUGUGCCGUUCCGUAAACAGAUUCAGAAGUGGGUGACGGAUCUAUCUAACACCAACGAAAUCCUCGAGCGCUGGUUGAUGGUACAAAACCUGUGGGUAUAUCUGGAAGCAGUCUUCGUUGGUGGAGAUAUAGCAAAACAACUACCUAAGGAAGCUAAAAGAUUCCACAAGAUUGACAAGUCGUGGCAAAGGAUGAUGGCCCGAGCUCAUGAAACAUCCAAUGUGGUCAUUUGCUGCGUAGGGGACGAAACACUGAGCCAACUCCUUCCGCAUUUACAGGAUGAAUUGGAAUUGUGUCAAAAAUCAUUGUCUGGUUAUUUGGAGAAAAAAAGACUCAGUUUUCCUCGAUUCUUCUUCGUCUCCGAUCCGGCUCUGCUUGAAAUUCUUGGCCAGGCUUCAGAUUCGCACACUAUUCAAAGUCAUUUGUUGUCCAUUUUCGAUAACACUGCUUGUGUGAAAUUUCACGAUCAAGAAUACGACAAGAUUCUUGCCAUUGUUUCCACCGAGGGAGAAUCAAUCGCGUUAGAACAGCCAGUCCGUGCGGAAGGCAGCGUUGAAAUAUGGUUAAUGCGUCUGUUGCAAGAAGCACACCGAUCACUGCAUUCAAUCAUCCGCUUGGCCAGCCAGGCUAUUCAAAACACCGAGUUUAAUCUACUGGAAUUCUUGGCUGCAUUUCCGUCGCAAGUUGGCAUCCUUGGCCUGCAGAUGCUGUGGACCCGCGACGCCGAAUCCGCUCUUGCCCAGUGUCGGUACGAUCGCAAAGUAAUGCAGGAAACGAAUGCCAAAUUCUUGGAAGUGUUGAAUACGCUCAUCGAGCAAACAACUAAAAAUCUUGAUCGGCUGGAGCGUAUCAAAUUCGAAACGUUGAUCACCAUCCACGUUCACCAACGUGACAUUUUUGACCAGCUUUGCCGUAGCGGGGUCCGUUCAAUUACUGACUUUGAAUGGAUCAAACAGUUUCGAUUUUACUUUAGAGCGGAACAUGAUGAAAUGGCCAUUAGUAUUACCGAUGUCUCUUUCACCUACCAAAAUGAAUUUCUGGGCUGCACUGAACGACUGGUCAUUACACCUUUGACUGACCGUUGUUACAUCACACUAGCGCAAGCCUUGCAUAUGUCAAUGGGUGGCUGCCCUAGCGGUCCAGCCGGGACAGGCAAAACGGAAACUACAAAAGAUAUGGGCAAAACAUUGGGAAAGUACGUGGUCGUGUUUAACUGCUCAGAUCAAAUGGAUUUCCGUGGUCUUGGCCGCAUUUACAAAGGACUGGCCCAGUCGGGAGCGUGGGGUUGCUUUGAUGAAUUCAAUCGUAUUGAAUUGGCCGUCCUGUCGGUAGCUGCCCAGCAAGUGGCUGUUGUUCUUGCCUGCAAAAGAGAGAAGAGGAAACAGCUGGUAUUUACAGAUGGCGAUACCAUCGAAAUGAAUCCAGAAUUUGGCAUCUUUCUGACGAUGAAUCCUGGCUACGCUGGCCGUCAGCAGCUCCCCGAAAAUCUCAAGAAUCAAUUCCGUUUCGUCUCCAUGAUGGUACCUGAUCGACAAAUCAUUAUCCGCGUUAAACUUGCCUCAUGUGGAUUUUUGGAAAAUAUUACGCUUGCCCGCAAGUUCUACACCCUCUACAAACUCUGCGAAGAACAGCUUACCAAACAAGUGCAUUACGAUUUCGGAUUGAGGAAUAUCUUGUCCGUAUUGCGGACACUGGGCGCCACGAAACGUGGAAACAUCCGCGAUUCCGAGAGCAUGAUUGUCAUGAGAGUCUUGCGUGAUAUGAAUCUUUCCAAACUAGUGGAUGAAGAUGAGCCUUUAUUCAUGUCACUCAUCGGCGAUCUGUUUCCAACUACUGCGCUAGAAAAAACGAACUACGCGGAACUGGAAAAUGCCAUCCGGGAACAGGUUAAAGCCGCAGGGCUAAUAAUGCAUCCUCCGUGGCUGUUGAAAUUGAUCCAGCUGUACGAAACCCAACUGGUACGUCACGGAAUCAUGACAUUAGGACCGACUGGUUCCGGGAAAACCGCUUGCAUCCAGAUUUUAAUGAAAUCCCUGAGUGCCUGCGGUCAGCCGCACCGUGAACUCCGGAUGAAUCCGAAAGCCAUUUCAGCUGCUCAAAUGUUUGGCCGUCUGGACGUUGCUACAAAUGACUGGACUGACGGCAUUUUUUCGGCUUUGUGGCGGAAAACUUUGCGUACUAAACGAGGCGAACAUAUUUGGUUGGUACUCGAUGGACCAGUCGACUCACUCUGGAUUGAAAACCUCAAUUCCGUGCUGGAUGACAACCGAACAUUGACGCUGGCCAACGGUGAUCGGUUGCCAAUGUCUCCGUACUGCAAAAUCAUCUUCGAGCCGCACAACAUUGACAAUGCUUCACCCGCUACAGUAUCCAGAUGUGGAAUGGUGUAUAUGAGUUCCUCGGGUUUGGAUUGGCGCCCGUUGCUUGCCGCCUGGCUUUUAAAACGACCUUCAACUGAAGUAGAAGUCCUUCGCAACAUAUUCGAAGAAUCCUUUUCGCCAAUCUAUCAGUGGAGCAGACAAAAUCUGAAGUACAUGAUGGACGUUCUUGAGUUCAACAUUAUCAAUCAGGCUCUUUGUCUGCUCGAAGGUUUGAUUCCGAAUGAAGACAACGAACAUAAAGAAAGUACUUACGAAAGGGGGGCUUCAGCUUUAGGAGCAGCACAUGACGGCCCACCGCUAGAAGUCCCGGAAUUAGCUCUGGAUUUAAAAGUACUCAAUGAAGCUAAUGACUCCGGUUCAAAAAGUGGAGCCACACCCAGAGUCACGCGGAUUCAACUGGAGCGACUUUACGUUUUCGCAGUCGUCUGGUCGAUCGGAGCAUUUUUAGAGAUAGAUGAUCGAAUAAAGUUAGAUGCAUUCCUUACAACGCAUUUCUCUCACCUGGCUUUACCUCCAAAGGAACCUGAUGGCGAAGACACUGUCUUCGACUUUGUCGUUGCGACUGAUGGCGAAUGGGAUCACUGGAGAAAUCAUGUUUCGACAUUCCAAUAUCCGGAAACAGCUAUGAUUGACUUUGCAUCCAUGCUAGUCCCCAACGUGGAUAGUGUCCGUACCGAAUAUCUCUUAAACACCAUCGCAAAACAAGGAAAACCCGUUUUGCUGAUUGGAGAACAAGGAUCGGCAAAAACAGUGAUGAUAAAUGCCUACCUAAAAAAGCAUAAGAGCGAUGACAAUCUUAUCCGCGCUUUGAAUUUCUCGUCGGCCACCACAACAUUUCAGUUUCAACGAACGAUUGAAGGAUGUGUAGAUAAGCGAAUGGGCAAUACUUAUGGCCCUCCAGCCGGGAAAAAGUUGACUGUUUUCAUCGAUGACGUCAAUUUGCCACACGUUAAUGAGUGGGGAGAUCAAGCAACCAAUGAAAUUGUACGACAACUCUUGGAGAUGAAAGGCUUUUACUCACUGGAAAAACCAGGCGAUUUCACCCACAUUAUCGACCUCCAUUUCGUCGCCGCUAUGAUUCAUCCAGGUGGGGGUCGUAAUGACAUCCCGCAGAGGCUGAAAAGACAUUUCUGCAUUUUCAACUGUCCUUUGCCUUCAAACUCAUCAAUGGAUAAAGUCUUCGGUACCAUCGCAUCCGGUCAUUAUUCGAUCAAAAGAGGAUUUUCGCAAGAAGUUCGUGAGCUGGUUGAAAAACUAGUGCCACUUACACGACUCCUUUGGAUGUCUACCAAAGCGAAAAUGUUACCUACUCCAGCAAAGUUUCAUUACAUUUUCAAUCUACGAGAUUUGUCUCGUAUCUGGCAAGGGAUGAGUAGUUUUCUGUGCAACGUCAUUGAUAAUGUCAAAGUACUCAUGGCUGCCUGGAAACACGAAGUUACGCGAGUCAUCGCAGAUAGAUUUACUGUUCAAUCGGACAAAGACUGGUUUGAAAAAGAACUCGUCUUCCAUGUUGCCAAAUACCUUAGCGAUGAGUACGUUGAAUACGUUCAAGAAACUCAGUAUUUUGUGGAUUUUAUGCGAGACGCACCCGAACCGACGGGUGACGAAACGGAAGAAGUCGACAUGGAGCUCCCUAAAGUCUAUGAACCCGUUCAGUCAUUCGACGAUCUGCAAGAACGAUUGACCAUGUUUUUGACACAGUAUAAUGACAUGAUUCGAGGUCACGGCAUGGACUUGGUUUUCUUCCAAGACGCCGUCGAACACUUGAUUAAGAUUUCUCGAAUUCUACGACAUCCGGGCGGCAACGUCUUGUUGGUUGGAGUGGGCGGUUCUGGCAAACAGUCACUCACCAAAUUGGCCUCAUUUAUUGCAGGCUAUAAAACAUUCCACAUCACGCUUACACGGUCCUACAAUGUGGGAAAUUUCCUCGAGGAUCUCAAAGUUCUCUACAGAACUUGUGGUAUUCAAGGUAAAGGGACAACGUUCAUCUUCACAGAUCAAGAUGUGAAAGAAGAAGCUUUUCUGGAGUACCUGAACAGCGUCUUAUCUUCUGGAACUGUUUCAAACUUGUUCAACCGUGACGAGCAAGGAGAAAUCAUCUCGGAACUGAUUCCUAUUAUGAAACGUGAAUUUCCCAAGCGUGAAUUGAAUCAAGAGAAUGUCAUGGAAUAUUUCAUGUCACGAGUCCGCCAGCAUCUUCAUAUCGCCCUUUGCUUUUCUCCGGUAGGAGAGAAGUUUCGUCAACGUGCUUUCAAAUUUCCUGGGCUUACCUCCGGCUGCACGCUUGACUGGUUUCAACCGUGGCCACGAGAAGCUCUUGUCGCUGUUGCACGUCAUUUCCUCGCGGAUUUUACUCUUUUGAAUCAUACCGACUUGCUGCACGAAGUCGAAAAUGCCCUGGGAUCCAUACAGGAGAGUGUGGCUGAAACGGCCAAAGAAUACUUCCAGCGGUUCAGACGGUCGACCCACGUAACGCCAAGGACCUAUCUGAGCUUCUUGUCCAGUUACAAAAGCGUUUUCGGCAAUAAAACUGCGGAAAUAGGUGGAAUGGCUACCCGGAUUGAGACGGGCCUUGCUAAAUUACAAGAAGCCUCAGAAACGGUUGAAAAGCUCAAGACGGAUCUUGCGGAAAUGGAGAAAGAAUUGGCUCUGGCUUCCGAAACGGCUGAAACGGUUUUAGUUGAAGUGACACAUCGAGCCCGCGAAGCAGAAACGACCAAAAAUCAUGUCCUGUUGGCCAAAGAUCGGGCACAGCAGUUAGUUGACGUAAUUGCCGCUGACAAAGCUGUGGCUGAGCAAAAACUUGAAGCUGCCCGACCGGCUUUAGAAGAAGCAGAAGCUGCCCUAAAUACCAUAAAACCAGCCCAUAUAGCCACGGUACGCAAACUGGGAAGACCACCUCCCCUUAUUAUGAGAAUCAUGGACGCCGUUUUGAUCCUAUUUCAGCGUAAAAUCCAACCCGUGACUCACGAACCAGCUUUUGGAGGGUUUAAACCGUCAUGGAACGAAUCUCUCAAAAUGAUGGCCAGCACAAAUUUCUUGCAACAGCUGCAGUACUUUCCAAAGGAUUCAAUAUCAGAUGAAACGGUGGAACUUCUCGAUCCCUACUUCCGUGAUGAAGAGUAUAACAUUGAAACGGCUAAACGCGUUUGCGGUGAUGUGGCGGGUUUGUUGUCCUGGUCACGAGCCAUGGCCUUUUUCUUUACAGUUAAUAAAGAAGUGUUACCUCUAAAGUCAAAUUUGGCUUUGCAAGAAGUUCGAUUGUCUGCCGCCAUGUCUGAAUUAGCCAAAGCGGAAGACGUUCUGUCUGAGAAAGAAAAGGCCCUUGAUUUUGUGACUUCCCAAUAUGAUUCCGCCAUGGGCAAUAAGAAACGCUUGACGGAAGCGGCUGCAGUUUGUCGGAGGAAGAUGGGUAUCGCAGCUUCGCUGAUUAGCGGACUCAGCGGAGAGAAACUUCGCUGGACGUUACAGUGUCGAGCCUUUAAAGAACAAAUUGGCCGCUUAGUAGGCGACGCUAUUCUUGCCACGGCUUUUUUAUCCUAUGCUGGCCCGUUCAAUCAGGAAUUCCGGACGAAGAUUUUCCAAGCUUGGAAGAAAACAUUGAAAAAUCGAGACAUUCCAUUUACUCCAACUCUAAACGUAACACAAAUGAUGUCCGAUACCGUCCAACAAACAGAGUGGACACUGCAAGGUCUGCCCAGCGAUGACCACUCAAUCCAGAAUGCAGUGAUUGUAGUCCGUUCCCAUUCGUACCCAUUACUAAUCGAUCCACAGGGUCAAGGUAAAAACUGGAUUAAAGCAAAAGAAGGCAUAAAUGAAUUACAGACAACAUCCCUGAAUCACAAGUACUUCCGUACUCAUUUGGAUGAUGCUCUCUCGCUUGGCCGUCCUUUGCUGAUCGAAGACGUCGGCGAAGAAUUGGACCCCGUUUUAGAUAAUUUAUUGAACAAGAAUUUCAUCCGUGCUGGAUCGACCGAAAAAGUCAUAAUUGGUGACAAAGAUUGCGAUAUCAUGCCAGGGUUCACUCUGUACAUUACUACCAAACUACCUAAUCCGGCCUACACUCCAGAAGUGAGUUCCAAAGUUACCAUGAUCGAUUUCACCGUAACCCAGCGCGGAUUGGAGGAUCAGCUGCUGGCUCGCGUUGUCUCUGCUGAACGGGCUGACCUGGAAACCGAACGGACCAGUUUGUUUGAAUCGGUUAUGGAGAACAAGCGACUCAUCCAGCAACUAGAAGAUAAUUUGCUCUUCCGGCUGACUUCGACUGCAGGUUCUUUGAUUGACGAUGAAGACCUGUUGCUUGUGCUUCACGAUACCAAGAUGACAGCGCAGGAAGUCAAUCACAAACUUGUCGUUUCAUCUGAAAUGGAACAUAAAAUCAAUACAGCCCGUGAAGAAUUCCGUCCAGUAGCGACUCGUGGCUCAAUCCUCUAUUUUUUGAUCGUCGAAAUGUCGCACGUCAACGUCAUGUAUCAAACGAGUUUGAAACAAUUCCUCCACCUGUUUGAUGGAUCUCUAGCUAAAGCCAUGAGGACGCCCAAUAUUCUUGAGAGGGUCAGCUCGGUGCUCUCAACGCUGAACCGUGAAGUAUGGUGUUAUACUUUACGAGGACUUUACGAACAACAUCAGUUCCUUUUUACGCUUCUGAUGGCAAUUAAGAUUGACCUGCAUAACGGCGCAAUUAGCCACGCCGAGUUUAUGAAACUAAUCAAAGGCGGAGCAUCUCUGGAUCUCAACACUGCCCCUCCUAAACCUUACAAAUGGAUCUUGGAUGCUGUUUGGCUCAACUUGGUAGAGUUGAGUACGCUUCAUCCAUUCACGGAUCUCCUUCAGCAAAUCCACGAAAACGAACGUGAAUGGCGAUUGUGGGUGGAGAAGGAGCGACCUGAACAAGAGGAAAUACCUUGCGGCUAUUCCAAGUCGUUGAGUUUGGUAGCAUUCCGGAAGCUCUUGCUCAUUCGUUCAUGGUGUCCCGAUCGGAUGUUACAAUCGGCUCAGAACUACGUCAUCCAUUCGUUAGGAUCGCAAUUUAUCGACGCACCUCUACUCGAUUUGGAGGUCAUGUGGGGUGAAUCGGAGCCCCGAGUUCCGCUCAUUUGCAUUUUGACAACGUGUUCUGAUCCUUCGCAGAAGAUUGAACAUCUAGCCCGUCAAAGAGAGCAUGAGAUUAGAGCGCUUUCCAUGGGCCAGGGCCAAGAAAUUCACGCACGACGACUACUAGCUGAAUCUAUGUCCACAGGGCACUGGCUGCUCCUUCAGAAUUGCCACCUCAAUUUAGCGUUUUGUCACGAACUCCUAGAGUCGCUGAUGGAAGGUGAUGUUCAUCCUGCAUUCCGGUUAUGGAUUACUACUGAAGUUCAUCCACUGUUCCCGAUUAGUCUACUACAAACUGCCAUCAAAUUCACAAAUGAACCGCCGCAGGGAAUUCGCGCGUCAAUGAAACGGACAUUGACUGAUGUCCCGCAAGAUCUCCUGGACUAUUCGCCAUCACCUUCCUGGCCAACACUCGUUUACACCGUAGCUUUCUUGCAUACGGUGUUGAUGGAACGUCGCAAAUACGGUCCACUUGGCUGGAACACUCUUUACGAAUUUAACCAGUCGGAUUUGAACGGAGCUAUUCAAUGCGUUCAAAAUCACCUGGACGAUAUGGACCCUAGGAAAGGGAUUUCCUGGCCGACUAUAUGCUUUAUGAUUGGAGAAGCCCAGUAUGGUGGCCGGGUGACGGAUGAUUUUGAUAAGCGUUUGCUGCUCACAUUCACUUCGUUGUGGUUCAGCGAUCGGAUACUCGCUCCUGGUUUCGAAUUCUAUCAGAAUUAUACAUUGCCUACUGGUGUGCAAGCUAAAAGCAUUGCUGGAUGUCUGGAUCACGUUGCUAACCUACCAGCUACUGAUUCGCCUCUCAUUUUGGGAUUGGAUGCUAAUGCUGAAAUCACUUACCAAAUGAACAGAGCGCAAGCGAUACUGGAUACAAUUCUAUCCAUUCAGCCAAAAGAAGGCGGAAACAUCCGUGGGAGUGAUACGAGAGAAUCAGUAGUCUACAGAUUGGCGGAUGAUAUGCUGGAGAAGAUGCCAAAGAACUAUGUUGAUCAUGAAGUGAGAGAAUCGCUUAGCCGAAUGGGUCCAUUAUUGCCAAUGGCUAUUUUCCUUCGGCAAGAAAUCGAUCGAAUGCAGCGAGUCAUCUUAACAGUACGCAAAGUGUUGCUGGACUUAAAACUAGCCAUUGAGGGAACAAUUAUCAUGUCACCUCAUCUUCUCCAAGCGAUGGAUGCUAUGUAUGAUGCUCGCGUUCCGGAAACGUGGAAGAACGUGUCAUGGGAGAGCUCUACAUUAGGGUUCUGGUUCACCGAAUUUCUGGAACGUAAUACGCAGUUCAUCAAGUGGAUUUUCCAGGGAAAGCCAAAAGUAUUUUGGAUAGCCGGAUUUUUUAAUCCGCAAGGCUUUUUGACGGCCAUGCGACAGGAAGUAACACGAGCUCAUCGAGGUUGGGCCCUCGAUUCGGUUGUCUUACAAAGUGUGAUAACUAGACUGAGUAAAGAAGAAGUGACAGAGCAUCCUGCUGAAGGAGUUUACAUUCAUGGAAUGUACCUAGAAGGCGCUUCAUUAGACCGUAAAACGGGCAGGCUAGUAGAAACAAAAGGGAAGAUCCUUUACGAACCGAUGCCAGUGAUCUACGUUUACGCCAUUAACUCAACGGCUGGCAAAGAUCCAAAAUCGUACGAGUGUCCUAUUUACCGCAAGCCUAUGCGUUCCACGACGACUUACAUCGGCUCCAUCGAUCUGGAAACGGACGUCAACCCAAAGCAUUGGACAUUAAGAGGCGUGGCUCUCUUGUGUGAUAUCAAAUAACGCCCCUGUGUUAUGUACCGCGCCGGAAGUAGUGUAUGUCUAUCUCUGUAGUUGUCCACGAUCUGUUACAACAGAGAAACUUGUGUACACAUCUUAA